UGAUGUUCUUGGAAUGUUGUUCAUCUAAUAAUUUGUAUUAGAUGUCUUCCCGAAGUUCGAUCGAGUGAUUGGAAAUUUGUUCAGAAUAUCCGAUUAAAGCGUUAUGCUUCAAAUUACUUUAGUCACAAUUGAGUACAAUAAUAGAGUAAUAGAGAAACCAAUGCGCUAAGAAUUGAUGUCAUUAAUACAGUAUUGAUUUUAUACAGAGCAUGUUUGGAGAAAGCGUCAUACACAGCUUACUUCACAGUUCACAGUAUAGACCAGGGGUGAUAUUGCGUAUCUCGUUUCGAGUGAUUUUGGUUCAUUUCGACCACGUUUGACAUUGCCGAUUUCGAUUCGAGCUCGAAAACGAGUAUGACAUAAGGUGGUACUAGACUAGAUUUGGCAUUGCGUAAACAUUUGAUCGAGUAUUUUUAUUAUCGAAAACACAAAUCGGUCGACAAUCAAAAACAAUUCGCUCCAGCGCAAUUUUCGAUUUUAGAAGUAUUAUCUUCUUCGGCUAAAAAACGGAAUGAUGGCUGCUGAAUCGACACGAAAUGCUUUAAGCAUUAAUUCGAAUCAAGUAGAAAUAUUGACCCGUUUUAUGGAAGAUCAUCCGGAUCUCGCGCGAAAUAUUCUAAAAACAGCAGAUGAAAAAAAACUCCCACAAAUUGUGGCAUACCUUAAGGGAUUCGCUGAAUGCGAGAGGCCCUCCGAUGCGGGAAACGUCAGAGUGGAAAAAAGCACUUUAAAACUAGAACCAGCUCCUGGGAGACUACGAAUUCAGACCUUAGCAGAUAGUGAAAGCGAAAGUGAAACCACCCCUGCGAAAUCACCAACGACUUCCACAUUGGUGUCUCCUGUUCCUAUUCCAACGGUUGGUGCCGUCUCUGUUCCGUCAGCCGGUGACAAUGCUCCCGCUCGACCCCAGAAUGGUGCUGCCCCAUCUUCGACAGGUUCCACAACUACCCUGACAGUAAAAGAGAAGGAACUUUGCUUGCAGAAAGUGCGUGGUUGGCGGCCAGAUGUUGACACAAUGGUUGUUCAGGAUGCCCUGGUCCAAAACAAUUGGAGCGUAGAAAGGGCUUUGGAGCAACUAAAGGAUUACAGUGGUACCAAAAAACGCAUUCUCGAUACUUCCCCUGCGACAAUAGCACAAAAAGCUGCUAUGUUGAACGUUAGUUCUAAGCCAAAUGCACAUCCUAGCAAAAAACGGCGGGUUAUGGAGGAAAAUGCAGGCAGCGAUAGCGAGGAAAAUUCAGAUCGACCUCAAGAAUGUGUCUUUGAUAGUGACGAUGAAAGCGAUGCAGAUAACUAUACGAUGUCUCGUGACCGGAAGGGUGUUUUUGAAUUUUUGAACAAAGCUACCGUCAAUGAAUUGUCGGUUGUUAAAACACUGUCCACGAAAAAAAUCGAGUUGCUCACUGAAAUGCGUCCGUUUAAUAAUUGGGACCAAUUGGUCGACGCUCUGAAAUCGCACAAAUCUUUGAAGACCGACAUUCUCAACCACACACAAGAAUAUCUCACACGUAGAAACAAUCUGGUAACGAUUUUGAACAAAUGUCGCAAAAUGGUUCAAAAACUGGAGGCGGCGAUAGCUGUUGGUGGUGGAUUAAUCGAGCAACCAUCGAACAUUCCUGAAGGAUUUAAACUAGCUGAAUAUCAGAUGGUUGGUCUAAACUGGUUAACCAUGAUGCAUCGUAACGAUAUGAAUGGAAUUUUAGCCGAUGAAAUGGGCUUGGGAAAGACUAUUCAGGUAAUAGCUUUUCUGGCCCAUCUUAAAGAAAAUGAGCUCAACCAUCAGCCACAGUUGAUUGUUGUCCCUUCAUCUACCCUCGACAAUUGGGAUAACGAGCUGCGCAAGUGGUGCCCUGAGCUUAUCGUCAUGAAAUACUACGGCAACCAAGAGGAGCGGCGCUGCAUUCGAAUCGAUUGGGCUAAAAACGGAAUAUCCGAUGUGGAUGUUGUACUGACUACCUACCACAUGAUGGGUGCUUCCGGCGAGGAAAAGAAAAUGUGGCGAGUAACCCCUUUCCAGUACGUGAUAUUUGACGAGGCGCAUAUGCUGAAAAACAUGACAACGCAACGGUACGAAAAUCUGUUGCGUAUUCGAGCAGAACGCCGUAUUUUGCUUACCGGGACUCCGCUGCAGAAUAAUUUAUUGGAGCUUAUGUCGCUGCUGUGCUUUGUUAUGCCGAAGCUCUUUGGUGGAAAAAUAGAAGAUAUAAAAGCCCUUUUCCAGGGUAAAAUUAAAAGUGGUGAGGAUAAGACUACGUUUGAAAAAAACCAAAUUGAGCGCGCGAAACAAAUUAUGAAACCGUUUAUUCUACGACGGUUGAAGAGAGACGUGCUGAGUUUCUUACCUCCCAAGACGGAAAAUAUUAUCAAGGCAACUAUGUUGGACUCACAGAAGGAAAAAUACCAUGCGCUUGUCAAUGAAUACCAGGACGUUACCGGUGUGGUCAAAUCGUAUUCCGAAGUUAGUGGCAUGUCUAUAAUGAUGGAUAUGCGAAAGCUGGCUAACCAUCCACUACUGUUAAGGUAUUACUUUUCCGAUGACGAUGUACGGAAAAUAGCUCGCAAACUUGCCGCCGAUUCAGACUGGAAAGGAAACAAUAUCGACGAAACGUUCCAGGACAUCGCGUACCUUUCAGAUUUUAAACUCUACCAACUUAAACUAAAAUAUACUAGUUUAUAUGACCUUCAAAUACCCGACAAACUAAUUUUGGCCUCGGGUAAGUUUCGUCAACUCGACGAACUGCUGCCGAAACUCAAGAGCGAGGGUCAUCGAGUGCUGAUUUUCAGCCAGUUUGUUAUGAUGCUGGACAUCUUAGAAAAGUACCUGGACAUCCGCAAGUACGGAUACUUGAGACUGGAUGGGCAAACGGCUGUUACCGAACGACAGGAAAUGAUCGAUCAGUACACGCAAGACCCUAACAUCUUCGUUUUCCUAUUGUCCACCAGAGCCGGUGGGUUGGGCAUUAAUCUGACGGCCGCAGAUACUGUAAUCAUCCAUGACAUUGACUUCAAUCCAUAUAACGAUAAGCAAGCGGAAGAUCGAAGCCACCGAAUGGGUCAAACAAAACCGGUAACGAUCUACAAACUGAUCUCGGAGGGUACGAUAGAAGAAGGCAUGUUGAUGAUUGCUCAGGAAAAGUUACAGCUUGAAAAGGAUGUUACAGAAGAAGGAGCUGACAAAAAAGAGGAACACAAAUGUAUGGUUCGUCUAUUGACGAUGGCACUCGGAAUGGAUGAAAAUAAGGCGGAAACUAUCCUAAAGAAUGAUUCGCCCAGAAAGAAACUGGAGGAGGAAGAAUUUUAAGUGCUGUGACUAUGGCAGUUGCUAAACUAUCCGUUGUAAAGUGAUGUCGUCUACUUAAGUAUUCUCAAUUGUGUUUAUUUUUUAAUUGUAUUUUGAACAAGUAACAAAAACUUUGUAAAAGAUACGGCCAAAUUGAUUCGAUCUAAAAAUUAUUCGCUCUAUGAAAAUCAAACCAGUUCAUCAGUUGACAUACUGCGUUUGUAUAAGCCCAUUCAGCUAAAAUUUUUCUGGCUCUUACGUUUUUCUUAAUUUUCC